AUGCAGCCACAAAGAGGGCCGCAACAGGUGCGCUUUUACAUCCUCACCAGCCGCGGAAAGACGUGUAUGGCAGAGGGGGCCAGAUGGGGCUUCCGCAGAUGCAACAACCGACGAUGUAAACAAAUAAGCCGCAAAUCGGUUGCCAUUGAAUUUUCUCCUUUGUUCUCUACCGAGAUAUUCCACAUACCCUGGAUUUAUACACCAGUGCGGACUGCCCUGGCUAUAUGGCAUCACCUGAUCAAGACUGAGGUCCCAGAACUGGCCAAGUGGUCAGUGCUGAUGAGGGAGCGCCGCCGGGUGGAGGAAAUGAUGCAGGCCAUGCAGCAAGCUGGUGCAGGGAGCCUACAGGUCAUCUCUGACUUUGACAUGACACUUACCAGAUUUGCCCAUAAUGGGAAGAGAGUGCCCACCACUCAUAAUAUCCUGGUUAACAGGUUAUUAAUCAAUGAAGACUGUGCUAGAAAGAUGAGGGAGUUGUUGGACACCUACUACCCUGUAGAGAUUGAUGCAAGUCGGACUACUGAGGAGAAGCUGCCCCUUAUGGUGGAAUGGUGGACCAAAGUCCAUGAGCUGUUGAUUCAGCAGAGGAUUAGGAGGGAUAUGCUGCCUCAAGCCGUCAAGGAGUCCGGUGCUAUGCUCAGGGAAGGCUACAAGGUGUUCUUUGACCACCUGGCCAAGCAGCAGGUUCCUCUGUUGAUCUUCUCGGCUGGUGUAGGAGACAUUCUGGAGGAGGUGAUCCGCCAAAACAAUGUCUUCCACCCCAAUGUCCAUGUCAUCUCCAAUUACAUGGACUUUGACCACACUGGGGUGCUACAAGCCUUCAAGGGCCAACUCAUCCACACCUUCAACAAGCGGGAGGGUGCUCUGUCACAUGCAGCCCAGCUCAGGGAGCUGCAGGGUCGGCCCAACGUGCUGCUGCUGGGGGACUCCCUGGGAGACCUGACCAUGGCGGAUGGUGUGUCCAAGCCCCAGAACAUCCUGACCAUCGGCUUUCUCAAUGACCAGGUUGAAGAGAGAAAAGAGUCAUAUGUCAACUCAUUUGACAUUGUCCUGGUGAAUGAUGAAACUAUGGACAUCCCAAACGCGGUCCUCAACUAUAUCACCUCAUCAAGUGACAAGACACACACGACAGUGUGAAAACACUGGGCCAAGUACAGCAUAUUUCCUGGUCACGCCUUAUCAGGGAUUUACUCUCCAGUCUAACAUCAGGCGUCAUGAAUUACUGUUACUCGGGCCAUUCACCUUGUUGCAUGCUGGAACCCAAUCACCAUGGCAGCAUCAGGUACCUCAAAACAGCGAGAGAUGAAC